CCGCGGAGCCACGACCGCCCCGCGGAGCCGACCGGCUGGAGGCCCAGAGUCCAGGGCAGGAGCAGCUCCGGGACCUCGCGCUCGCUGAGCGCCCUCCAAGAACCAGAAGCCGCAUCUCACCCUUGUAUCCUUCUGUCAGCCCCUGGAUUUCGGUAGGAUGCUGCGCUGGGAUCAGUCUGAGACCUUCCUGGCACAGGAGGGGAACCUGGCCUCAAUGUGAUAGAAACACCCUUGAUCUCGGUGACCAAAAGAAGAAUGUUUGAGUUUCAGCUCUGUUAGCUUUACUGUGAUCUUGGCUGGACUUCACAAUGACAACAGUAACAGUGACCCCAGCGGCGACCCUGAGGGGUAAGGUAGAAGACAGUUCUGCUCUGUGUGAGUCCACGUCAGCUCACAUCAUUGAAGAAACCGAAUACGUGAAAAAGAUUCGAACUACUUUGGAAAAGAUCCGAAAUCAAAUAUUUAAGGAUGAAAUAAGACAGAACAGGACAAAUUGCAAACUAGAUGCAAAGCGCAGUGGAAACAUUCAAAGUGGCUCUGGUUCUCAAAUGGAGCCCAGUUUGGACCCGCUCGUGGAAAAGAUAAAAGGAAAAGACCUACAGCUCUUAGAACUGAACAAAGAGAAUGAAUUAUUGAAAAUCAAGCUGGAAGCCUCCAGAGAAGCAGGAGCAGCGGCUCUGAGAAAUGUGGCCCAGAGGUUAUUUGAAAACUACCAAACACAGUCUGAAGAAGUUAGAAAGAAGCAUGAGGACAGUAAACACUUACUCCAGGUUAACAAACUUGAAAAAGAACAGAAAUUGAAACAACGUGCUGAAAACCUGAAUGAAAUUGCUGAAAAGCUUGAAGAAAAACAUAGUCAAAUCACGGAACUGGAGAAUCUCGUACAGAGAAUGGAAAAGGAAAAGAGAACCCUGCUGGAAAAAAAACUGUCUUUGGAAAACAAGCUGCUGCAUCUCAAAUCCAACGCUGCUUAUGCUAAAAGUUGCCAGGAUCUUCAAAUGGAGAUUGCCCUCCUCCAGGAGCAGAUCUCUCAUCUGCAGUUCGUGAUUCACUCCCAGCACCAGCACCUGCGCGGCGUCAUCCAGGAGAUGGAAGAAUUAAAAAAUAAUGUAAAAGACCAAGAUAAAAGGAUUGAAAAUCUGAAAGAAAAAGUUAACAUACUGGAAGCUCAGAACAAAGAACUAAAAACUAAGGUGGCAAUUUGGUCUGAAACUCCUAGGACCAAGGUAUCUAAGGCUGUCUCUACAAGUGAACUGAAGACUGAAGGCACGACCCCCUACAUGAUGCUGGUUAGGCUACGGAGAUGAGCUGGCUGGCUGAAGAUCGGAACGAGAAAGAUCACUCCUCUGUGGGACUUCUUUAUUCCUUGAAACGGUCUAAGCUUGUGUAUUAAAAUGGCUCAAUGCCAGUAUUUAAUGGAGUUUAUCAUAUUGUAUUUAAUAUACGCAUUGAUAGCUUGGCAAGAGGAUGACCUUUCAGAAAAGCAAACAAAUAAAUAAUCAAGGAAAGGAACUCUUUCUUCAAAGCUUACUAAGUGGAUAAAGAAACCAGUUGCUUUUCUAUGAUGGAAGAUGAAUUUUGCUUUAAACUUAAAAAAAAAACAAAAAUUGGAUUUUUUUGUGGGGGGGCACAAUUUUUGCUGAAGGGACUAGUUAAGGUUGUCAAAUUCGACUUUUUGAUAGUGGUUUUUACAUAAAGUCAUCCCUCAGUAUCCACAGGGGAUUGGCUCCAGGAGCCCCUCAGAUACCAAACUCAUGAGGACGCGCAGGUCCUGUAUGUAAAAUGGCAGAGCACAGCUGGCCCUCUGCAUCCACGGGAUCUGCAUCCUAGGAUUCAACCAAUCGUGGAUGAGCAACCUGCAGAUACAGAGGACUAACUGUUUAAAAUAAGGAAGAGCGUACAGGCAUACCUCUUUUUAUUGUGCUUCACAGAUACUGUGUUUUUUACAGAUUGAAAGCGUGUGGCAACCCUGCAUUGCCAGGUGAUGGUUAGCAUUUUUAGCAAUAAAGUGUUUUUAAAUUAAA